UCUCCUCUGCAGCCUCCCGCCGCUUCAUCAUGGAUCUGGGGACUAAAAGAGUCGCUGGGAUUAUCGCUCUGGUCGCCCUGCUUCUCUCCAGCUCGUACGGGACAACCGGAGAAGAAGUGUGUGACAGCGCGCUGGUGUCAAAUCUGCUGCCAUCAUCCUUCAGAAGCUCCUCCCAGCUGUCCAGCAGUCAUGCACCAGGCUUCGCCAAACUCAACAGGAGAGAUGGAGCUGGAGGUUGGUCUCCUCACACCUCAGACAGGUAUCAGUGGUUGGAGGUUGACCUGGGUGAGCGGACCAUGAUCACAGCUGUUGCCACCCAGGGCCGCUAUGGCAGCUCUGAUUGGCUGACAUCAUACUUGCUGAUGUUCAGCGACACGGGACACAACUGGAAACAGUACCGGCAGGAGGACAGUAUAGGGUCUUUUCCAGGUAACAGUAAUGCAGACAGUGUGGUUCAGUACAAGCUGCAGCAGCCGGCGAUCGCUCGCUUCCUCCGCCUCAUUCCUCUGGACUGGAACCCCAACGGGAGGAUCGGACUCCGACUGGAGACCUACGGAUGUCCUUACACCUCUGAUGUGGUGAGCUUGGACGGCGGCAGCAGCAGUCUGGUGUACAGGUUGAGUCCCGGGCCGAGGCGGACGUCCAGAGAUGUCAUCUCACUGAAGUUUAAAACCCUGAGGAAUUCUGGGACACUGCUGCACGCAGAGGGAGAGGGAGGACGCAGCCUCAGUCUGGAGUUAGAGAGAGGAAAGCUACAGCUGCUGCUCAGACAAGGCAGGACUUCAUCCCCCGAACCCCGGCGUCUUGCUUCCCUCGGCAGCCUGUUAGAUGAUCAGCACUGGCACCAUUUAGCAGUGGAGCGGCGCAGCUCUCACCUCAACCUCACUGUGGACAAACACACAGAGAGGGUUCAAAUCCCUGCAGAGUUCAGCCACUGGGACGUUGAGCAGCUCAGUGUAGGGGCAUUCCAGAGCCUUGGGCCUCAGAAACCGGCCGUUUCCAAGAGGAACUUCCAUGGCUGCCUUGAAAACCUGCUGUACAACGGCCUCAACCUGAUAAAAUUAAUUAAACACAAAGACCACCAAGUUACUCUAAUGGGCAAUGUGACCUUUUCUUGUGCUGAGCCAGUUUCCGUUGCCGUGACGUUCCCCGGCCCCCAGAGCUUCCUCCAGUUACCGGGAACGACGGCGUCCUCCUCGGCGGGCAUAUCCGUGGAGUUCCAGUUCAGGACGUGGAAUAAGGCGGGGCUUCUGCUCACCUUCAUGCUGCCUCAGGAAGGGGGCGUGGUCUGGCUGCACCUGAGUGAAGCCAGACUCCGACUACAGAUCCAUAAAGCUGGCAGGGCGCUGCUGGAGCUCAGCGCAGGUUCUGCUCUGAAUGACGGUCAGUGGCAUUCGGUGGAGCUGAACACCAGACGAGGUACUCUGAGCAUCACUGUGGAUAAAGAGGACGGAGGCAGCGCUCAAGCCAGCCAUUCAUUUCCUAUCACUAUAGAAAGUAACCUCUUCUUUGGAGGUUGUCCCGAUGAAGACGACAGGCAAGAAUGCAGAAACCCCUUUAAUGUCUUCCAGGGCUGCAUGCGUCUCUUAACUCUGGACAAUCAAAACGUGGACCUGAUCAUGGUGCAGAAAAAGCAGCUGGGAAUCUACAGCAACCUGCAAAUCGACAUGUGUGGAAUUAUCGACAGGUGCUCUCCCAGUCGUUGUGAACAUGGUGGCCUUUGCAGUCAGUCCUGGACCGUCUUCCACUGUAACUGCUCUGACAGCGGCUACAGCGGAGCGACCUGCCACAGCUCUGUGUACGAACAGUCGUGCGAGGCGUACAAACACAACGGCAACACGUCGGGACAUUUUUAUAUUGACGUGGACGGCAGCGGACCAAUCAAACCGCAGCUGGUCUACUGCAACAUGACAGAGGAGAACACAUGGAUGGUGAUCCAGCACAACAACACAGAGCUGACCAGAGUCCGACCGUCUCCAGGUGUGAACCAGCAUUCAGUCCACUUUAACUACUCGACUGAAGAGGAACAGCUAUUGGCCGCCAUCAGCCAGUCAGAGCACUGCGAACAAGAACUGUCCUACCAGUGCAGGAAGUCCCGCCUCCUCAACACUCCAGAUGGCUCUCCGUUGAGCUGGUGGCUCGGUGGUCCCGGUCCUGGUCGUGUCCAGACUUACUGGGGCGGCGCUCAGCCAGGCAGCCAGCAGUGUGCCUGCGGCCUGCAGGGCGACUGUGUGGAUCCACAACACUACUGCAACUGUGACGCCGACCGCAUGGAGUGGGCUGAAGACUCUGGCCUGCUCACCCAUAAGGAGAGCCUCCCUGUCAAGUCUCUGGUGCUGGGUGACAUCCAGAGGCCGGGGUCAGAGGCCGCCUACAGGGUGGGACUGCUGCGUUGUCAUGGAGACAAAAACUUCUGGAACGCUGCAUUUUUCGACAAGGAGACGUCGUACCUUCACUUUCCCACCUUCCACGGAGAGCUGAGUGCUGAUAUCUCCUUCCUGUUUAAAACCACGGCCUCGUCUGGUGUGUUCCUGGAAAACCUGGGCAUCAAAGACUUCAUACGGAUCGAACUGAGUUCCUCCACUCAGGUGCUUUUCUCCUUUGACGUGGGUAACGGGCCGCUGGAGGUUCGUGUGGAGUCGAACGCGCCGCUGAACGACAACCGGUGGCAUCGAGUCCGAGCCGAGCGGAACGUCAAGGAGGCGUCGCUCCGAUUGGAUGAACUUCCUGCCGCCACACAGGAGGCUCCUGCUGACGGACACUUCCACCUGCAGCUCAACAGCCAGCUGUUCAUAGGAGGCACAGCGUCCAGGCAGAAGGGCUUUCGGGGCUGUAUUCGCUCCCUGCAACUGAACGGCGUCACCCUAGACCUGGAGGAGAGGGCGAGGAUCACACCCGGGGUUCGACCCGGCUGUCCAGGUCACUGCAGCAGCUACGGUUCGUUCUGCCAGAACCAGGGCCGCUGUGUGGAGAGGGCCAACGGCUUCCACUGUGACUGCAGCCUGUCAGCAUACACUGGAGUCUUCUGCCAUACAGAGGUGUCAGCCAGCUUCAAGCCGGGGACGUCUGUCAGCUACACCUUUAAGGAGCCGUACGAGUUGAGCAGGAACAGCAGCGCUCUGCCGUCCUCCAUCUACUCUGACAUGACGCUGAGAGGAGAGAACGUCUCCCUGAGCUUCAGGACGAACCAAAGUCCGGCCGUGCUGUUCUACGUCAGCUCCUACUACAGAGAGUACCUGGCCCUGCUCAUCAACAAGCACGAUAAGUUGGAGGUGAGAUAUAAGCUGGACAGCAACAGAGAUGCUGAAGUGUUGAGAAGUAGAGUGAGGAGCCUGGUCGACGGACAGCUUCACAAUGUUACCAUCAGGAGACUGACAGACUCUGUUUCUGUGCAGAUCGACCAAAAUACCAGAGAAGACUUCAACUUGACAUCUGACGGAGAAUUCAACGCCAUCAAGUCACUGGUGUUGGGCAAAGUGCACGGGUCUGAUGAUUUAGACGCAGAUCUGGCCAGGGUGGCAGCUCUCGGUUUUACCGGUUGCAUCUCAGUAGUCCACUUUAACUCCAUCAGCCCUUUGAAAGCUGCUCUGCUCCACCCAGACACCAGCCCUGUCAUCAUCACCGGACCUUUAGUCCAGUCCAACUGUGGCUCCUCGGGUUCAGCCAAUCCCUAUGCAGCAGAGAACACACACCACCUGUCAGACCAGUCUGGUUCAGGUCAACCUUUAGUCAAUGCCAUCAGGACUGACUCAGCUCUUAUUGGAGGUGUCAUAGCAGUGGUGAUCUUUGUGAUUGUGACUGGCCUAGCAAUAACUGCCAGAUUCCUCUACCGGAAGAAAGAGACUUAUCGAAACCAGGAGGUGAAAAGGGUCAAACAGGAGGACAGCCCAGAUUUCCCAUUCAACAACCAGACUGACUCCCAGAAUGUCUCUGGUGAAAACCCAAAGGAGUAUUUCAUUUAACUGGAGGCCUGAUGAACUGGUGGUUUGGUUUUUGGAACAGAAGUUGCUCCAAACAUCUAGUCAUGCCUCAGGACUUUACACUGCAUUCAGAACCACUCAGACACUUUACUGGCAGAAGUGGCUCCAUAGCAUGUUGAGGCAAGAAAGAACAAUUGUUGUCUUUCUGCUGCUUUACUGUAAAUUGUGAAUACAUUGAUACAAACAGGCAACAGUGUUAUGUCUUAUGAGGUGUUGAUAUCCUUGAUUCACCUGUAAAUAUUAAAAACUGUAAAUGUUUAAUGAAUGUCUUUGUAACAAUCUCUGGCUAACACCACUUUGUCAUAUUGAAAUGUUGGAAAUAAUGGCGUAUCGGUAUUUUUAUGGUGUAUGGGUAGGGAAAAUGUGAAGCUACACCUUAUUGUGGUUGGGUUUCUCUAAGAGAGAGAGAGAGAGAUGCGUACUUGUAUUGAGAGAACUUGCAGGAUGUUGUUAAUUUAUAGCCUUGAAGUUCUGUAGGGUUUUGAUCCUAUGGUUUUAACCACCUUUUACUAGGCCACCCUCCAGGGAUAUUUUACAAUGUCCUCAACUUUGAACAAUUUUUUCUCCCACCAUCCCUCCCACUUGCUUUUAACCCCUAUCACAUUCUAAGAUGUUUGGUGGGAAAAUAACUUUUUUCCCCCCUUCCACCACGUUACAACUAUUAUUCCAAAUUUAUAAAGUUAUUCAUGGGUUUACUUAGCUUUAAAGUUUUAAUCCCUCAAUUAGCUAUAAUCAGAAUGUUUUAUAAAAAUGUAUCAAAUGACAGUGUGAAAUGAGUCACUUGUAGCCAUAAACACAAUUAUCAUCCAAAUCUGCAGCUUCUCUCGACUUUAUGGAGUUUUAUAGUGAGUUUCUGCUCAUUCUUUAGCUGUCCAACAGCAACUGUCCUGUUUUGGUUUACUCUCACAACAUAAUUUUUAGCCGCAGCAGGCAGCUGUUUUUUGGAAAAAAGCUCUAAUAAGCGACAGUACACUACUAACUCAGCACCCAACAGCAGACCGUUAGAGACUAUCUGGUGAAAAUCUGUCAUUUAGUCAUUCAAAAAAACUAAGUUAAAACAGAGUGAAUAUUGGACUCACCAGGUGGCCAGAAACAUAACUCCAAAUGAAUGAUAUUGUUCUGGAACUGCUAGAUGUGGUUGUUAGAAACUGUUUGCUAAUAAGUUUUGCUGUAUGAUUCUAAAAAGGGGAAGCUAUGUCAAUGUUGUUUACAACUACAACUCUGAUGUUUGGGAUGUUAGCAAACACUCCUCAGGCAGCAACUUUGUCAGAAAUACAAGAGCAACUGGUGUAGCUCUUUACAGUACAGUCAAACAGACUCAUGUUUUAGGUAGGCAUAAGGGGGCAAUUUGAAUCCAAGUUGGGAACAGCACACCCCACCACUAACAAUUACAAUAGCUAAAGGUAUAUAAAAACGUAAAUACAUUGAAAGGCCAUUGCUGAAAAAAUUACAACCAUUAAAUAGUAUUAAAUAUGUGUUUUGAUUCCAUGAAAAUCUUUCACUUAAGUUUUGUUUGUAGUUUUUUUGGAUGUACACAGCAAGUAGAACAGUAACUAGGUUUCUAGUCUAUAUUCUGAAUUAAUUUGUAAGAACUUUAUGUGAAUGAUUGUUUGAAAGUUUGAGGGUUUUGAGGGUUUCAUAAUUAGGGUAGUGGCAGACAGACAAUAGGCAUUUAGUUUGUUACCCUUCUUUCUUUUCUAAACAUGAUGGCAUUGGCAGAAAACCCAGUCCUGAACCUUGAUAAUUUCUAGACUUAUCACAUGGGUGGUUCCCUUAAGUCUUUACAUCUAGUUCAUUUUCCUAUUUUCGACCCUGACUUAAAAGUUUUUUCUCCCUGCUGCAUGCUGCCUGCUGAGUGCUUCCUCUCCCAGCUCUCUGAAUGUCUCUAACAGUAAAGCUUUUAACACUGACAGCAGCAUAUACUCUAACACUGUGGCAGUCUGUCACCUCGUUCACCGCAUGCAGAGACAGUUAAUAUGUUUUUGAAAUGCUAAUCUGCUUCGGUCUGACAGGUGGAUUGUAACUCAGUGAAAAGCAGAGAAAUGAUCAGGAUGAGACAGAAAGAUAAUCCGAGAGAAAGUGUCAAGCAGAAAUGGAUGUAAUGAAAACAGAAAUUCUGAUAUUAACACUGAAAAUGAAGCAAAUCCCUCCCCGUGUGUUAAUGCAGCUCAUGUGUAAAGACUGCUGCUGAUAGAGGGAGGAUGAGAAGCAGAAAGAGGAUCCACAGCAGCUGUUUGUUAAACACACACUGCCGUCUCUCUCCGAGAACCCCAAAGCACAGAUGGCAUUUUAAUGACAAAAGUUGCUAAAACUUAAUCUUAUUGUGCAUGUCUAUUUUAUCACCCCGCAACCAGGAGUGAAGGCAUUGUUUUCUGAUGUGUUUCUGUCUGUGGCGUUAACAAGUAAUUACAGUUUGAGUCGACAUCAGCAAAUAAAUAAGCAGAUGGGUGGCAACACACUCAACUAAUAACCCAUUAUCUUUACCUUUGUCAUCUUCUGAUAAAGGGUUACUUGAGGUGAAGAACAAAAAAAACAGUCAUUUGUUACAAAAUUGAGUCAUGUUUCACUUUUGAAGAAAUGCACACAGAAAUGUUAUUGGUUUACCUUUGGUCAGAUUUUACAAUGACACUUAGCUAUCAAUUUUCAGGUUCAGUAUUACUGUGAAACAGUGACAAAACUGUUCAGAAUAUUUAGACCUGCAUAUAUGCAUCGAAAAGCAUUUUGACAUUAAAUUUUAGCAAACCGGUUUUCUGGCAAGGUUUGUAGUUAAGCUGAAUGGUUCUCAGUAUAACUAUAAUAAUGUAAUGGUACAUAGUAUUGGUGAUUGGUGAAUAUUUACAGUGAUGUCAGUGAGUUUGAGUGACAUGCCAUUAAAUUAAACAAGAUCUGGGAAGGUUUUAACCAUAUUCUGGU